GUGUCUGAAAGGGCACAGCCACCGCAAGCUGAGUGUAUCAUCCGAUUGCUUUGAUGCGGACCAUCGCAUAACAACCGAGGCAAAAGUCAGAGUAUCUCAUAGUUUUGACCUGUUGUAGAAGAUAAAAGUCUCCUCUUCCAACACCCAACUACUAAUACCUAUUACGGCAGCUAUUGUUGAGUUCUAGGAAUGGAAUCCCAGCAGCCUACCGCCAAUGGUGGCAUCAUCAGUGGGCCCUCCAUUCAUGACGACAACACAGGAAACCACGUGUUUGACGAUGUCAGUUUGAUAUGCCCUCAGGACCCAAGACGCAUGGAGCUUACUCCGCUGGAACUGGUACAAUCGCUGGAAAUCAAGGCUGCCAUUCAUCUUUCUCCCGAAAUGGAUCAAAUCAAGGACUUUGACUGCGCCCAACUCGCCAUUGUUGACGGGGAUAACCGGGCAAAGACUCUGGAACGGGUGGCACACUUUCAAAUCUUUCGGGAGGAAUACGAGUUGAAGGAUACCUUGGAAGAAGGUCUCCGGCUUGUAGAAGCCUUGGUUAAGCUAAUGCCCAAGUUGAUUCUCUGUGUCUCUCUCAACGUUGCGGAUGGCAGCUACGUUUACAUCAUGGACUUGGCAGGCUUUGACCAAGAUGCCCUCAAGACCAUUGCGGAUGAACGGGUUUUGAUGGGAGGAUUGUACUACAUGGCACACAUUACCUCCGUGGACUUUUUCGCCAUUCGGGCCGGUAUCUACACGGUCAUUGAAUGCGAAGGAUACGACUGGAGAAAGGUCAAAAUGAGUACUAGACGACAGUGCUGGCAGGAAGUACUGGCCAUUUAUCCUCGUACCUUUCGUCAAAUCAAGUACUUUCAUCCCGGUCUAUUUACCAAUCUAGCCAUUUCGUGCCUGAGACGAAUCGUUCCACUGGAGAUUUUCCAAAAGAUUGAAGUGGGGUGCGAAUUUCCUGGUGGUCGAUUGGAUACCUUUUAUGCCGUGCCUACCAGGAAGGCAGCCAACCAGAGACUCUUGCAACGAAUGCGAGAGUGCCUCCGAGUCAAAUUUCAACACAGGGAAAGCUUCCGUUUGCCAACCAGACUGUGAGAUGCGAUUCGAUGCAUGCGAGAGCAGCACAAUUCUGAUUCGAUGCAGUUCACAACAACAAUGCAUGCAGACACAGAAGAUUUUUCCAACAAUUCGCUACGCCUACGGUACAUUUUUUGCUCCGCCUUUUAGUUUCACCGGGGUGAAACAAAAAGAAUCGAAUCGAAUCGAGGAUCGACCAAGUGUGAAACGAUAGUUCGUCCUUUGGGAAAAGGAACGUUGAAGCCGAGCGAUGAUUGAAGUACACGAGCUUUGUGUACUGCUAACCGCAAGCUACUCUUAUCUAGACAUGAUGCUCGAAUUCGUGGGUUCGGAGAGCUAUUGGCGCAUUUCGCUGGUGGUGGCACACAAAACCUCUCACCCAGCCAAGGACCACGCACCUCACAAUUGCUAGCCAUGAAGCACGUGGUCUCUAUCACUAUCAAACUUGCUGCCUGCAAAUUGUCCAAGAAUCCCCUUCAUCAGCGUUGCCACACCCUAGCCUGGGCCACGAGGCAGCUUGGAAUAAUCUUGAAGUCACGCCCUGGAUACUUCCACGGUAUCGUCACUUCUUUCACUGGAAUCCACAACCCAUUUUCUUGACCAAGUUUCGUGACGUUUGCUCCUGGGAUUGUCACCUUUUUCCCAUUUACCAUUCUUGUGUUCCCAAUGAUGAUUGGUGUUACCGCUGUAUUAGUCCCAAUCUGUGGUUGCUUGAAGUUUCCAUCCGCAGUCCCAAACACGCAGGCAAUCGACCACUCCUUCAGUUUCUGAUCCAACUUCUUCAGCUUCUGAUCCUGCUCGAUCUGUCUCUCCACUAUUCCUAUUUUGAUACUUUCUUCGCCCUUUUGUUUCAGCCAGUUGAGAGUUUCGUCAUCCUUUAUGGCUUCGAUACCAGUAUUUGCCUUGAUUAGUGCGUCCAAUUUGGCUCGUUGAUCUCCCUCUGCCAUUUCCUAUAGUACCUAUUUCCUUCCAGACUUUCCCACUUUUGCGUAUCGUUCUCCUCGAUGCAACUAAUGUUGUGUUUCUAUUACAUGUACUCGUACUGCAGCCGCUUUCGCUCCUGUGUACCAGGUCCGGUACCUGUGUCCUGUCGGUCGGGGCAUCAGAUCU